AUGGCGCUGUCGGCUUCUGACCUACCUGCGAUGUAUACACUGCUCGCCAAUUCAUUGAGUCGCGACGAGAGCGUACGCAAACCUGCCGAAGCCGCGCUCGCACAAUCCGAAUGUAGACCUGGUUUCUGCUCUUGUCUCAUGGAAGUAAUAACUGCAAAGGAUUUAGCCGCUCAGGUGGAUGUUCGAUUAUUGGCUUCGGUUUAUUUCAAGAACAGCAUCAAUCGGUACUGGAGGAACAGGCGUGAUUCCUCGGGAAUUAGCGUUGAGGAGAAAAUACAUUUGAGACAAAAACUGUUGUCACACUUAAGAGAAGACAAUUAUCAGAUUGCUCUCACAUUGGCUGUGCUUAUCUCGAAAAUUGCUCGCAUCGACUAUCCCAGAGAUUGGCCAGAGCUCGUUUCUACUUUAGCACAGCAGCUUCAAUCGGCGGAUAUUCUAACUUCCCACAGGAUUUUUAUGGUUCUUUUUCGAACUUUGAAGGAGUUGUCCACUAAACGUCUUACAUCAGAUCAAAGGACCUUUGCUGAGAUAUCUUCCCAAUUCUUUGAUUACAGCUGGCACCUUUGGCAGAGAGAUGUGCAGACCAUACUGCUUGGUUUUUCGGCACUUGCUCAAAACUUUAGUUCUAAUGCUUCAAAGUUACAUCAUGAUGAUCUUUAUCUAAUAUGUGAAAGAUGGUUUCUGUGUUCGAAGAUAAUUCGCCAAUUGAUAAUUUCUGGGUUUCCAAGUGAUGCAAAAUCUUUUCAGGAGGUGUGGCCAGUUAAGGAGGUCUCCCCUGCGAUGUUGAAUGCUAUUCAGUCAUUCCUACCAUACUAUUUAUCUUUCCAAGAGCAACACCACAAAUUCUGGAACUUCUUACAGAAGGCAUGUAGUAAAUUGAUGAAGAUUUUAGUAACAAUUCAGCGCAGGCAUCCUUACUCCUUUGGUGAUAAAUGUGUCCUUCCACCCGUCAUGAACUUCUGUUUGAACAAGAUUACAGAUCCUGAACCUGAGAUAGUGUCAUUUGAGCAAUUUCUUAUUCAGUGUAUGUCGAUGGCAAAAUCUGUCCUGGAAUGUAAAGAGUAUAAGCCAAGCUUGACAGGUCGUGUAAUGGAUGAAAAUGGGCUUACCCUAGAGCAGAUGAAGAAAAACAUUUCCAACGCUGUUGCUGGUGUCCUCACUUCCCUUUUGCCCAGUGACCGAGUGAUACUCUUAUGUAAACUCUUGAUAAGAAGGUAUUUUGUUUUAACAGCUAGUGAUUUGGAGGAGUGGGGUCAGAACCCAGAGUCUUUUCAUCAUGAGCAGGAUUCGGUCCUGUGGACAGAAAAACUAAGGCCCUGUGCUGAAGCUCUAUAUAUUGUUUUGUUUGAAAAUCAUAGCCAACUGUUAGGCCCUAUUGUGGUUUCCAUUCUUCAAGAGGCAAUGAAUGCUUGUCCUCCUUCAAUAAGUGAAAUUACUCCAGCAUUACUUCUCAAGGAUGCCGCAUAUGGUGCUGCUGCAUAUGUUUAUUAUGAGCUUUCAAAUUAUAUGAGCUUCAAAGACUGGUUCAACGGUGCAUUAUCUCUAGAACUCAAAAAUGAUCAUCCAAAUAUGCGGAUCAUCCACAGGAAAGUUGGACUAAUCCUUGGGCAGUGGGUUUCUGAGAUAAAAGAUGACACCAGACGACCAGUAUACUGUGCUUUGAUCAAAUUGCUUCAGGAAAAAGACCUAUGUGUCAGGCUGGCAGCAUCCCGGUCUUUGUAUUUUCAUAUUGAAGAUGCAAACUUCUCGGAGCAAGAUUUUUCUGACCUUCUUCCAACAUGUUGGGAUUUGUGUUUUAAAUUGGUGGAGGAAGUCCAGGAGUUUGACUCGAAGGUUCAAGUUUUAAAUACCAUCUCUGUCCUAAUAGCAAAUGCCUCUGAAGUUGUUUCAUUUGCAAACAACUUGGUGCAGUUUUUCCAGAAGGCCUGGGAGGAAUCCUCUGGUGAAAGCCUUCUACAGAUUCAGCUUCUUACUGCACUAAAGAACUUUGUGGUUGCACUUGGUUAUCAAUCACCCAUUUGUUACAACAUGCUAUUGCCUAUCUUACAAAUUGGAAUCAGUGUAAAUAGCCCAGAUGAACUUCUGGAAGACAGCAUGCUGUUAUGGGAAGCCACGCUUUCUCAUGCACCCUCAAUGGUGCCUCAACUACUAGGAUAUUUCCCGUGUCUUGUGGAAAUCUUGGAAAGAAGUUUUGAUCACUUGAAGGUUGCUGCCAGUAUCACUGAAGGCUACAUAAUAUUGGGUGGAACUGAGUUUCUUAGUAUGCAUGCUUCUAGUGUAGCUAAACUCCUUGAUCUGGUUGUUGGAAAUGUCAAUGACAGGGGGCUGCUUUCAAUUCUUCCACUCGUUGAUAUUCUAAUUCAGUGUUUCCCCAUGGAGGUGCCUCAGUUGAUCAAUGCUACUCUUCAGAAGUUCAUCUUCAUAUGCUUGACUGGGGGUGAUGACCAUGAUCCUUCUAAGGCAGCUGUAAAAGCAUCUUCAGCAGCUAUCCUCGCGAGAGUUCUGGUAAUGAAUACCAACUACCUCGCCCAAUUAACAGCAGAACCAUCACUCUCAGUACUCUUGCAGAAGACAGGUUUUCCAGUAGAAGAAAAUAUUCUUCUUUGCCUGGUUGACGUAUGGCUUGACAAGGUCAGUUAG